AUGGCUGCCAACAUGACUGCGGCCUCCAUCAAGCAGCGGCUGCUUGAGCUGAGUCGCGAGGAAAGGCAAGGCAGCUUGGGCGACGCCGCUUCCCUGGCUUCGCAAGGGCAGAGCACGUCCAGUUUCCUCGAUGGCUUUGCUCUAUCGCGGCCGCAGAGCGAUGCCCCGUGCGGCAUGCAGGCACUCACUGCUCCGAUUGUGUUCCCAGCACCCAAGCUUGCCGCAUCUCCUGCACCUACUGUUUCAACAGCCUCUCCGCAAGCCCGGCUGAGCCAGUCGCAGUCCAGGAGGUCACCUGCAACUUCUCAGGAGGCGCAAAGCCAGCCUUUCCACUGGGUCUGCAACACUGAUUUCAGGAGACGAGGUGAUGUGAUGAACGCUGCCUGUGCUCUACCUCCCCAAGGCGUCGAGGACACGGACAAUUCCGAGAGCGGGUCCGACUCUUUGCCUCAGUUGAGGCAAAUUCGUGAGAUUUGCUGGCAGCAGAUGAAGCUCUUGAAAGCGCACAGCGAUCUCCUGCAGCAUGGGAAAGUCUCGGGUUUGCAGCUGGAAGCCUUGAAGCAGCAGCAGCAGUUGCUUCUUCAAGGUGUAGAAGGCCAGCUGAAGCAGCUCUUGGAGCCGCAGCAGGGCUCUCGGCGUGCAGCUGCAGAGCGUGAAGAGGAGGCGUUGGUGUUGGCUGGGGCAGACGCUGCAGACAGCUGCCGCAUGGCCGAGAAGUCCCAGAUGCAGCAGCUUGACCAGCAGCUCUUUAAGGUACCUGCCCUCCCGGUUGAGGUGAGCUUUGCCAGGUCCCGGUCUCAAGCAGAGGAUUUCCGGGUCCUGGUGCUUGGAAUGGAUCUUCUGGGCCGUGAAGUCUUGAGCGAUCUGGCUGAGCGUGGUUGGGAAGUCCAGGGUUUGUGCCAGAAAGCACCGACACAGCCUAAAGAGCGAUGGCGUGUUUGGACCUGCGAUGUCACCAGCGCAAGUGACCUACAGAUGCACCUCCAACGAUUUCGGCCUCAGGCUGUGGUGAACUGCCACACAGCUGCAGCUCUGUCAGGGCUGGUGGAGCCAUCCUCAGACAACGACGCCCAGUCAAGGAAAGUCCUGGCUGCAGCUGCUGCCCUGGCCUCAGCUUGCGAGGCCUGGGGAAUUUUCCUGGUACAGCUCAGCUCCAACGCCGUCUUUGGCUAUGGUGACCCAGCCAUGCCUUGUGCAGUGGACAUGGAGCCACACCCACAGACGCCCUUGGGAUGGCGUAGCCUUGCCGCAGAGCAGGAGGUUCUCAGCCGUUGCAGCUGCGCAGCGGCGCUGCGCGUCCCGCCACUGUACGGCCCUGUGGAGUCUUUGGAUGAGUGUGCAGUCACUCGCUUGUUGGAAGACCUGCGCGGAGGUGUCCGAGAAUUUGACAACUGCCAACACUGCUAUCCUACAUGGGCAGGGGAGGUCGCUAAUAUAGUGACCAGCCUUCUCCAGCGAAUGCAGCUGGGAUAUGGGCCGCGUGGCAUUUACCACUGGCAAGGUGGCGACCAGCUCACGGAGCUUCAGGUGGCGCAGCUUGUGCUGGACAAGGAGGGGAGCAACAUGUUUAACCGGUCGUCUGCCUUGGGCUCGUCGCCCGCGCUUCCGCUUAUGCCCGUGCUGCUUUCGCAACCAGUGGAGCUCGCAGAGAUGCCCCUCCAGGACUACGUCGAGGGCGUGAAGGGCAGGGCUGGACUCGGUGACUUGCAGCGCCUCGGCAACGUGGCAGAAGUGCAGAACGACAUCAACACCAACAAGAUCUUCGGAAGCACAGGCGACGUUGCAAAGCAGAUCUCCGCGACAUAUGGCUGCAGUCCUGUUGCUGUGGGGAGCAUGGGCAAAAGUGGUGAUGCCGGCUGCUCUUAUGUCAGCGUGUUCCAGAAUAUGGACCAUGCUGACCAUCAGUAUGCUGCUAACUGCGUGCCGGCCACGGUUUGCAAGGAAGACGUGGUGGGUAUGACCAAGGGACUGAUUGCCACCUACGGCGUGGUCUUGCAGAUCCUGCAACAAAAUCUUGGCUCCCUGGCCUACAUCGGUGAGGGAACCAGCACGAGCUGCUAUGAGGGCAUGAACAAGAUCAACCAGGGCCAGCUCCAUGACGUGUUGGUCACGGAGCCCGUCAAGCUGGGUCCCAUUACCAUCGGACACGCCACCAAAAUUGACAUCGAGGGCGUCAAGAAGCUCGGCGUUAAAGACACUCUUUCCAACUGCAAGGACGACUCCGAGGUUGCCUACCUUUUCAUCCACAACAAUUUGUACUGGUCCAAGGACGAGUCGAACGUGAACCUCCAGGACUUCGAGAAGUUCAAGGCAAAGAAGGCGGAGGAGAAGGAGGAGCUUAAAGAGAAGAAAGAAGCGGAGAUGAUCGCGGCCGCCGUCGCGGCCAAGGACACUGAGACAGCGGAAGCCGCGCUCGACAAGGUCGGUGCUGCGCCCCAACCCGCCAAAGUCGUCAAGGAGGAAGUGCCGAAGAAUGCCAAGCAACCCGUCCGCAAGAUGGUUGCGCAGCAGGUGGGGAAGGCUAAGGUGAUUCUCAAAAAGGUUUGCAAGGGCAAGACGGCUGACUGGCGUACACCCAGCGUGCCGAAACGCCGGAAGACGUCCGCGAAGCCAAAGGAGGCCAAGGCGCAACGGCAUCUACAUGCAUCAUUGAGUCUACCCGUUCAGGAUGGCGUUCUCAUGAAACGGAUCGAAGAUUGGCUGACGUCGUCGUCUGAAAGGGCGAAUGCGAUCUGGUGCGACGCAGCAGGUGAAGGGCAUGACUAUCCCACCCCCAUCGAGAGAAAGGAGCAGCACCCAGGUGCAGGCACGGUUGUGCAGUGCAGCAGUGGAACGGCCUUUGCCGUCGCGCAUCGUGCACCCCCAAAGGUCUCCAUCAGCAAGCUCUUGGACUUGUUGGGGCCCCGCGAGUUCCGCGAUGGCCUUCCCUUACGAUACAAUUUGCUGGCCUCGGAUGAGGAGAGGGUUCUUGGCAAGCUGGAGAGGCUGGGUGGUCGGGCACUGGCACAGGAGAAGAAGGAGACUUUCAGACUCUACGGAGAAGAGGGAACAAUGAUGGUAUCAACCCGUAGCGUUGUGAUCUUCAUAGAGCUGCAGUACGAGAACGGGCAGCACAUUGCCAGAUGUUCUCUCAGCAGGAUGGACUUGCGGUCAGCAAAUAAGAACAUCUACAGCUGCUGGGGCAACGAGAAUAGUGAUGUGCCUGCCUGCGGCGUGGAGCUGACAAUGGUUGAGUGCGGCCAGGUCCUCCACUUGGAGUGUUUGGAGGACCAGAUCCGUGCUGUAGAAAUAGAAAACUUGCGGUUGCGGCUGAUCAACGUGGAGCGUCACAUCGCAAUCCAGGCAUUACGCCGGGAACUGAUGACUGCGAGCAUCGAAGAGAGCUUGGAAGUACAAGCCGCUGCUGCAGCCUGGGCGACUUGA